AUGGAGCGCGCUAUUCGUGACUACUACGCUCAACUUCAAGUCGACAUUCCGGAAGGACUGAUCAACUGGGAAGCUACUCGACCGGUUAGUUUUGUCUCCAUUUAUCUUGCUUCUAGUUGCUUAGGAAUUUUAUGACAUAUCUUGCUGAAGGAAACUGUUUCCUAGAAAAGUUAUAGCCAAAACUCUUUUGAAACUUGUUCUUCUAUGUAUUUCUACGGUCUUUUUGAACUUUCGUAGCAUUUUAAGUACCAUUUUCACUCAUUUUCCAAAGAUUAUCCCAAAAAGAGAUUUGUUUUCGAUGCAUUAGAAGGGAGAAUAGAGCUUUGGAGCCAGUGUGAAAUCUCCAGGUUACUGUAGAAACGUCGAAAUUUCUUCCUUUUGCACACUGUUACUUAAUCGAUUACCAUAUACUUUCUUCAAAACCCAUCCCUGUGUUGUUCCAGAUUUUGAAAAGAACAUCAAACGGCUCUAGACCUUACCUAUGCUCCUUUAAACGAUCUAUCAGGCCUUUCGAAUUGACUUUUUUUUUUCGGAAAAUUCGCUAAAAGAGUAGCAGUUUCUUAAGAUUUAUAAAACCAUAUGAAAGAUUUGUUUUGGAACUAACCUCAACUUUUUCCAGAAGCACAUCAUGAUCCAGAUCCAGCACCAGAUCCAGCUGGCCCAACAGCUUCACUACUGGAACACGUCGCCGUUCUGGAGCAGGAUCCUUGGCGCCGACCAGGCUCGAGCUCAGGCUCAGAACCAAGCUCAGGCUCAGCCACAGCCUCAGGAUCGAUCGCAGAGCCCGAUUCCAGCCGACCCCGACCACAGUGCUGAGCAGAGACCCGCACAGCAGCGCAGGCCGACUCGCGAGCUCAUCCUCGAGCCUCCUGGCCUCGUCAUCAACCGAAAUUAA